UUCUUCGUUCAUCCACUAACACUGAAAAUCGUGAAGCUCGCCGCCGUUCCGACAAUACUCAGCAGCUGUUUCCGUCUAACAGGUCCUUCUCUCUCAAUUACAAACCUCACAGAGUCCUACACGGAUCAAAAGUUCACGACUUUGAAUUUUCAAUUGAAUCAGAGCUUUCGUGCUCUCUGAUACUUACCUUGUCUCGUUGAAUCUGUUGAUCAAUAAAGAGAAGAAGGAGGAAGUAGAAUGGAAUCAAAACCCAGUGGACCAGUGGUGUUAACAGCGGAGGAAGAAGCCGUUCUAAAGGAAGGAAUUUAUUUGGAGCUUUCACAGUGGACCGCCAUGAAAGCCGCCGUCGAUAACGGUUGGGGAGGCCGAGAUUCUCACGAAAAAGCCAACCGCACAUUAUCCAACGUUGUCGAUUACUUCAUACAUCUUAAAGAUCCAACGACGGGGUUUGAUGGAUUAGCUGAUAUUCUUGAGAAUGGUCUUUAUGAGCUCAACACUGUGGCUGAUGAUGGAAGUCUCGAAGAAGUGACAGAGACGUUACUAGAUUGGUAUUAUGAAUGCUACCAGAGGCUUGAGAAACUGAGGGCUACUAGUUCUCAAAGGAGGGCCAGUGUUGUCAAGGUUUCAAACGGUAACGAUGAGGAUGAUGAGGAAAGCGAUGAGGAUGAUGAAGAUGAGGAUACAAACAUGAACGAUGAUCAAACCACAGACAUGAUGGUGGAUGCAUCUGAGCAGAAACCAGAAGCGAUGCCGGUUGAUGAACCAAAAGCCGAUGAUGGCUGGACGACCGUGCCCUCUAGAAAAAACAAGGGCAAGAGAAGAAACUAAACGGUUUUAGGUUCCAAUGGUGUUGUGUAAUGCUUAACAGUUUUGGUUGUUUUAUUUAUAAACAAAAUCGCAAGGUUGCCUUAUUAUUUAAUCAUAUAGUAAAUAUGCUUUACGUU